AUCGGUUAGAUGAGGUGAGAUGAGAUAAUACUGCUGCUUUUGGAUUUGAGGUGGAUGUGUUCAAAUUUUUAAUUUAAGUGACCAUUUCUUUAGAACUAGUGUUGUGUCGGUUUUAGUGCAUCUUUAUGGACUAGCUUGCUACAUAUUUAUUUAUCUAUGUUAUGGACAAGGUCAUAGUUCGUGACAGUAACAAUGAUGUAAAUAUGAUUGAAAUAUUAGCAAAUCAGGCGACAGAAGUUCCGUAAGUUAGAUUUGUAAGUACUAGUAGUAAGGUCGUUGUUUAAGACUUCGUUUGAACUGAGGCGAAUCCCGCACGUUAUUAUCUUUGAUUUCUCAAUAGGAAAACAUGUCUUUUGAUAUUGAAGCUGAGGCUUUGUUAUUAUUAGCAUUAACUAAAGAAGAAACUUAAGAUGCAUUUUUUUAUAGGAUAAGGGUGACAAACGAGCACACAGUCCACUUGAUGGUAAGUGGUUGCUGUGGCCCACAGAAUCUACAUCUAUUCUCAAUUAAGAAUCAAAAUGCAGAUGCGUUGUCACCCUUGAGGACUAAGAUGGAAUGCUUAAUUUCCAGUAAAAAGGGUCUCCGGUUCUCUACACUCACCAUACAAAAUAUAGGAGUGUUAAACUGCUAUAUUACACUGGUAUUCUGAGUGAGCGUAGUCCUUCCGGUUGGGCCGACCCAUUCAUGCUAUAACUAUACCAAAAAUAUAGCUGCAGCAUGGCUUUACCACGUACAACAAUGUGAUGUACGAGAUGUGAGGAAGAAAAGAAGAAAAGGUUUCAUGAACUGAGUACUCAAAGCAUAGAAUUUGGAGAGCUUCACACUUUGAUACCCGCAUUACGAAAAGAUAAAAUAGAUUUUAUACGUAUUUUCAUAUGCAUGAAGAAUGCUACAACAAACUUUUAUCAAGAAUCGAACAAAAUAUAUGUUUUCCUUUUAUUUUUAUGUUCUUUGUGGCUGAGGUCAUAUAGAAUCUUGUUUGCUUUUACUUUUUGUAAAAAUACUUUAAGGUUCAACGGAAUUUUGAAAAAUCUUUCACUAUACCACACAUAUUCUGCUGCAGCACGUGUGACUAUUCACGCCAAUGUAACAUCUCCAUACAAGACACAAAUGUCCCGUGCGGAAUUCACCUCAGUUUGAACGAAGUGCUGUUAGUUGUUUCAGGAACUUUUAUAUUGGUAGUUUCAAGCUUUCUGUAUAUUUUAAAACUAUAUUCUUAGAAGAUUGUCUAUAUUAUCUCAAUGACAUAUUUUUGAUCAUUGCAGAUUUUGUCUAUAAACAUAAACACACUUACUGAUUAUGCAUAAAAUCAUUCACUAAUCUUAAUCUUAAAAAUAUCAUAAUAAACUGCUUGAGAAGUUUUAUAAUAUAAUGUAUUGUCACAUUUCAUUUCAUGUGCAAUCUCUAAAAAAAUAAAAUAGGGUUUUCAUUGCCUUUAGCUAGGGUUAUUGAUGAUGUAGUUAUUGGAGAAAUUAGUAAAAGCUGAUGAAUUGUUGAAACUGAAUCUGAUGCAUUGUUGAUCCUUAUUUCUAGUAUUUUCUUUAUUUGAUAAUAUCUUGGCAACUAUUAAAAUUACAAUUAAGUGUUAUAUACUUUCUUAGAAAUUUUGCUAUAAGGUAAUUUAUAAUAGUAAUGCGAUGGAAGUGUCAUAACAGAAGCAGAAAUGAAUGGUGGAAACAGAAGUCAAAAGUAAAUUUUACCAGAAACAGAAAGGGAAAGAGAUGCAGAAGCAGAAGUGUAAAUACUAUAAGUAUAACCUAUUGUGUAGAAGUGACUGGCAUGUAAUUUGCUGAUUAGUUUUUAUAACCAUAUUACUUUUGUAUAGCCACAAUAUAAUUUUUGGUGUCAGAUUCCAUCAAUUACCAAUCAUGUUUUUGCAUUGCCAGAAAGUUAUACUAGCCUUGUGAUUUUGUUUUCUAUGUGAUUUUGUAUUCCAGUUUAAUUUAUUGUGCAAGAUAAGACCUAAAUAUUCUACCUCAGAGGAUAGCUGGAGUUCUGUGCUAAAAAGACUUGGGAGGUGAUAGUUAUUUAACAUUAGUUUUGUGUGAACAUUACUGGAACCGUUUUAUUUGGGUUAACUGUUACAUCAUAGUCCCUGCAACAUCUCUCCACUAUAUGGAGAGCCGCUUGGGUCAGGUUGCACACCAUGCUUGCUGUCAUUCUGGAGACCAGUAUUGUCAGGUCAUCUGCAUAUCCUACUGUGUAGAAAUUAUUGGCAUUUAAUUUGCAAUGUUUGAUGAUGUUUGUGAUUAAAUGAAUUCAUUUAUGACCAUAUUCCACAGGAGAGGUGGAAGAACCCCAUCUUGCGUGCAGCCUUUCUUGAUCUGGAUUGUUGAUUGUGAGAUGCAUCAGCAAUGUUUAUUGUUCUUAUGCUGAGCAUGUUUACUAUCCAGUUAAUCAAUGCUGGUUCAUUCAUCAUGUAACCAACAACUUACUAGAUAUUCUCCAAAAUUAUCAUCUCACUCAGCAUAUUACGGAACCCACUAGAGACCUAUCAUGUAUUGAUCAUAUAUUCAGUAAUGUUAAAGAUGCAACUGGACUUACCCUCCCUCUCUGUUUAUCGGACCAUGAUACUGCGCAAAUUCUUGGAUUUAAUAUUAAAUCAAAGGUUACUCCCCCAAAAAUCUUAUACACCUAUAGGAGGGACUAUUCAUCUGAAAAUAUAGAGAAUUUUAAAAGAUAUAUGGUGAGCCUUUCCUUUUCUGAUGUUUACAGCGAAACAGAACCUAACGCUGCGUUUAAUAAAUUUCAUGAUUGGCUAUGCCUUCUUUAUAAACUCUGCUUCCCUUAUAAAAAAGUUAAACUGUCUACAAAAUCCCAUUUAAAUUGGAUAUCUAAGGGAAUUAGGAAUAGCUGCGCGAAAAAUAGAGUCCUAAGAAAAAUUUACUAUCGAAGAAAAACUCCUCAAAACAAACACAAAUAUAAAACCUACUCAAAACUACUUAAAAAAUGCAUACUAUGUUCUAAAAAAACAACUAAUAAAAAAUAUGUGUUAAACAGCAAAAAUACCUGCAAAGCUACUUGGAAGGUCAUACAGGAUGAAAUAGAUACCAAGCCGCAAUAUAAUAAUCACAUUGAUUUUAUUGAAUACGACAACGAAGUUAUUACUUUUCCUACACAAAUCGCAAAUACUUUUAAUAAUUUCUUCAUUGAAUUGACAAACAAAGAUAUCCAAGAUAAUAUAUCAAAUAAUAAAUCCAAUCAAAUCCUAAAUAAUUCUAUUUAUCUAAGCCCUACUGACGAAUAUGAUAUAAAUAAAGUAAUUAUGACCUUGAAUAAUAGUAAAUCAGAAGGGUUUGACGGCAUUUGUACCAAAGUAAUUAAGGCCUGCAAUAAAGAAAUAGGCAGGGUCUUGGCAUUUUUAAUAAACUUAUCAAUGGUCUCUGGUAUCUUCCCCGAUAAACUUAAAUUCUCUUUGAUUAAGCCAUUGUUCAAAAAGGACAAAAAAUCAAUUUUGGACAAUUACCGUCCUAUUGCGCUCGUACCGAUUUUGUCAAAAGUAUAUGAAAAAAUUAUGCAUACUAAACUCACAUCUUUCUUUGACAAGUAUCAUGUCCUGAAUCACAGUCAGUAUGGGUUCCAGAGGGGUAAAUCUACUGCACAUGCGGUUUUCGAUAUGGUAAAGGAGACUCUAACAUGUCUAAAUGAUAAUAAUUAUACAACUGCUCUUUUCUUUGACAUGUCGAAGGCCUUCGAUUUUGUAUCACAUAGUUUAUUAUUAGAAAAAUUGGAAAAAUGUGGCAUUAGAGGCACUGCUUUAAAUUGGAUUAAAACCUACUUGCAAAUAGACGACAAUCUGUUGAAAUAAGCAGACCAGACUGCAAUCAUGUGGUCCUAAAUUACAUAUCAGAUUUUAAAGAAAACAAAUAUGGAGUUCCACAGGGCAGCGUUUUGGGACCACUGUUGUUCUUGGUCUAUAUAAAUAAUCUUCCGGAUGUAACUAAACACAAAUGCAUUUUAUUCGCUGAUGACAUAUCUGUAAUAGUUAAAACAGAUCGUAAACAAUCUCUAAAAGACCAUAUUAAUGACAUUAAUAGCACAGUAAAAACAAUAAUAGAAUGGCUUAAAAAUAAUAAUCUAAUUAUAAAUCUUGACAAAACUUAUUUUAUAAAUUUCAAUGACAUAUUAUAUCAGACAAUAAACAUUAACUUUGAAGGACAAAACCUAAAAAGUACAAAUAUGACAAAAUUCCUAGGUAUAUGGGUAGAUCAAAAACUUAAUUGGAAAAGUCAAGUUGAAAAUGUUUGUAAAAAAAUAAAUAGAUUUUCGUACGCACUUUACAAACUACGCAAAGUAGCCAC